AUGUCUGACCACGACUCUGCCUCUGAAUCUGACACCAGGAAGCAGCCUCUGUUGAAUCAGGAGGAGAAGGUCUCCAAAGCAGCUGCAACCAAGGCUCGGAUGAAGGCUCCAGUGAUGUCUAUAAGACUACUGAAGGAUCGGAAAGUGAGGAAGCCAUCGAAACCUCCUAUCAAGAUAGGGCAGAAAUGGACUGAACGAAGUGUGGUAGACACACUCCGAAAAAAGGAACUGUUAGAAAAAAUUCAGGAUGAGACUGGAGCCAAGCCUGGCACAAAAGAGAUGAUCAACCACUACACCAAGCAGCUUAACCAGCUCAUUGCAUCAUUGUCACCGGAUGAGCUCCAAGAAGCCAAAGAGACAGCUGAAUUGUGGAAUUGUCAAGGUGUUCCGGACGACGUCAAGGCUGACAUUGCUAGGCAAAAAAGCGAUGAUAUGAUUCAUCAUUUUGUGACCGAGAUGUGGAACCGUGCCGGAAUGAGGGUCUUCAUUGUAUCUGCCUGGAAAAAUGAGGAGGGUAAGAUCCAUGAUGCCGGUCACGACUAUAACAAUGAAUAUGGCAGUGCAGACUCUUUCAUGAAGACUCAUAACUGGGAUAUCAUUUUGCCAGAAUGGGAUUUCUAUGCCGAGAGCGCAUUCGACGGUAACUUGGACGGCGAUGCUGUUGUCACCAGGAAGAAGGGUCGACAGGAUAAGACUUAUAUUCUUCAGCUGGGCAAUGACGGAUAUCCUGUGCUCCCUGCAUGUGACUCUGUGGAUCUAGAUAUGAAGAAAGCGGUGAUCCGAGCAUUUUUAACAUGGCAUUAUAGGAAAUGUUGCGGAGAUCCAAAAAUUUCCGUUCCAUGGAAGUAUGUGAUACCAAGAUACACGGAGAUCAUACCUGCAGAAUGUCUUCCCGAAGGGCACAGUCUUGCAGAGCCAUCAAAGCUAAAGCAGGUUCACGCUGCUCAGCUGCUACAAUUCUGGUACAACCGACAGGAGGAAGGCGAAGCGCGUGUAUUGGAAUUCAUUGGUUGGUGGGAUAAUGAUAAAGAGGAUAUGGUGCUGGCAGCCGACAUUGAUGUACCGGUGACGAAGCCAACAGAAACAACCAGACAACCCAAGCAGCGGUCGCAGUCCCGGAACCGGAACCGGGAGCAACCUGAACCACAGCGGUCUACCAAAGGAAGAUCAGCAUCGCGUCUAGAUACCAAGAAAAUGCAGAGUUCCAAAACAACUCAAAGAAAGGGAGCUAGCUUGCCGCAUUGUCCACAGAAGGGCAAGGGACAUGAGUCAUCUGCCGAUGAAGUCAACGACCAACCGAUCACCACUGCUGAGUCUGUUGACAGAUUGGACGACUCAGAGGAUGAGAUUCCGAGUCAGCAAAAAGCAAACAAGUCUAAAGGGAAGAGAAGACGGCAGGUCUCCAUGAGUAGCAGCAACAACACAAGCAGCGAUGAUGAGCAACCCGGAAAGUUGGUCAGCACCGGCAAAAGAACCAAAAAGGAUGUUCCUGCAUCUCCUAGCAUGCCCGCCACAGUAAAUAUCCAGCCCAACAAGAUGAGGAGAGUGGUAGAACGCCCGCAGAAUGCUGUCCGCAAGCAUGGCGGGAAAGGCGUCGAGCAUGAACCUUCCGCAACAUGCGCAGAACUCACAGCCAGUGCACCCAGGGUACAGGUUGAAUGGCCUGCACAGGAAGUCAAUACUGCUGAUAUCACCCGAGCAAAAACCCGAGUUCACAAAAGGACUGCUGAAGAAUCGUUGGAAAGGUCUCCCGCAAAACGGACGAGGCGUCAAGUGGCAAUUGAACAGGCCAAGGGGAUUGUGAGACAGGUUGGUAAAAUGGCAGGGAAGAAACAAGUUACUGAACAGGCUACCGAUGGGUCUCCCUUGAAAUGGACCAGGAGCAAGACAUCACAAACAGGUGCGGGUAAAUGUUCCCGGAAACCCAACUCUCGGUACAACGAUUAUGUAAAACCUUGA